UCUUAACUCAAAUGGAUGCGUACCUUCGUAUGGAAGGAGCAAGAUUUCCGACCGACGAGGAAAAAGUGAUGUUUGUCUCGACAUUUCUUCGAGGACCAGCUCUUGAUUGGUUCGAACCCAUCCUACGAGAUCGACUGGAAUGUUCAGAAGAUGCACAAGACGUUCUUACCAAGGAGGUGUUUGGAAACUAUGACGAGUUCAAGAGACGACUUGAGAGGACUCUGUUACGCGUUGGGUCCAACCGUAGUCGUCGAUACUUAACGAUGGUGGUUAGGGAAGGAUCAAGGAGUCUUCUUGACUCUGUGUCGUUCACGAGCACGCGACGGUCUAACCGACCCGGGUCUCCUCUUCCUCGAGACAACGGCCUACCUGGCGAAGGGCUCUUCCUCGAACGACUUCUCGCGAUAUAA